CAGGGUAACGUGGUACGGCGUCACAGUCUGAAACAGGCGACGUUUCCUGUAAGUACCAGCCUGCUGAAGGAGUUUGAUGAGGUAACAAAUCUUUUCAUCCUCUUUUUUUUGUUUUUCAUUUAUACAUUUACAUUUAAUGACCAGAAUCUACUAAAAUUACCGUAUCCGGAAAUUCGUUUGAAAGAAAUUUCGUCGACGGAAGUUUGGUCGAACGGAAAUUUGAUCGAAGUUUAUUUUCAGUUCUCACGAUCAAAUUGUGCUUCAAAUUUCUUUUUGAACGCACUCUCCUAUAUUUAAAACAAAAUAAUGCGUCCGACCAAACUUCCGUCGAUAAAUUUUCAAACAAAUUUACGGGAACCAAAAUUACGGUAGAUGACGUCAUUCUUUUAAGCUAAAAAUUGAAGACAACGAAAUUGUAUUUUCAAUUACGAUUUUCUAUGUUGUUGUUGUUGUUUUUUUUUUAUAUAGAUUAAUGUUUUUAACGAUAUUUUAACGUUAAUGAGAAUAUCAUGCUAAUUACUAUAGAAUUGAAAACUUUGUUUGUAAGUUGUUGUUUUUUACGGUAUACUUUGGAAAGAUUUUGCUUUGUAAAGGAAACAAACUGUUUUAAAAAUUUAAUUGAUAUGACAAGGAUUACAUUUCUUGCCUUACAUGAAAAAGAAGAGGAAAACCCGUGAUUUAUAGUGUAAUCAAACGACUCUCUGCAUUAGUUGAAUGCUAUCUUGCAGUAGCCACGUUGGUCUGCGCGAUUAGGCAAAAGUGUGUGCUGAUUUAUCAAACUUAAUGCAAGCUUCUAAGAAAAGGAUUACUAUUUGUUAGACACACGCACAAUGCAGGUUUCGUCCGUCAUACUGAUUAUGUAAAUGUUUUGCUCAGAUUCGCGACAUCAGCCAUCCUAACCUACUGCGCGUGGUGGGGGCCUGGCUCGAGGGAGACAAGAAAGUCAUCAUCACG